AGGCGCAGACGUGGGCACCAGCUCCCACGUCUGCUUGCCCGCCCUGCUGUCUGGUCCUGGCACCCGCGCAGAACCAGCUGCCUAAGCUGCCCUAAGCAGCAGACUAGCUGCUAGCCGGAUUCUGCAAGCCGGAGAAGGUGCAGGCCUGACCCGGGUUUCCUUAGAUCUCUGUUACGAAGGCAUUGUGACAUCAGAAAGGAGGGUGGACCUGCUCCAGGAUCUCUGCAGAACAGGAAAAGGAGAGAAAUCUUGACAUGGAAGAACUUCGCGGCGAGAUGGAAGGGAAACUGGAAAAGGAGGGAAAGCCAGAAGAUGAAGUAAAGCCUGAAGAGGAAGAAAAGACAGAUGAUGAAAAGAAGCCAGACAAGAAAGAAGAGCCAGCACGCCGCGAGGGGAAGCUAGAGGAAAAGACAACACCGGAGGAGCAGGGCAAACCACAAGAUGAGGGGAGAGUAGAAAAGCAGAAAAAGUCUGAAGGGGAGGGCAAGCGCCAAGGGGAAGACAAGCCUGAUUCCCAGGCAAAGCCAGCCAGCGAGGCACAGGCUGCAGAAAAGCGCCCUGCUGAAGAUUAUGUGCCCCGGAAAGCAAAACGAAAAACAGACAGGGAGACAGAUGAUUAUCCCAAGGACUCCCAGGAGAACUUACAGGACAGGCGUGUUAGCUGUGAGGAGAUGGUGAGGGAGUAUGCAGAUGUGACCGGAGCCCAAGAAGAACUGAUGAAGAGGCAGAAAAUUGGUGGUUUUCACUGGGUGCCAAAAGAGACACAGGAUGCAUUAGUCCCCAGGGGCCAACAACUGGGAGUCAGGGGAGUCAGGGGGGGAGGCAGGGGCCAAAGGAGCCUACAUGACAUCCCAUACGUUUAAUGCCUGUGGCCUUCAAUUCUGACAUCUCAGAUGAGAAAGAACACUGCUGGCCUCCCUUUCUCUGGUAGAUACUUGCCAGGCCCUGUGCUUUAACCUUCAGCCAAAACUCUGCUUUAGUCUUAACUGUCCUUAAUAGCAGUCUUCAGACCCAUCCACACCUCUGUCUUCUAGUACAGGAUUUUCACCCAUGUGCAUGUACAUUGUAAAACAACAAUAAAACAAUUGCAGAUCUA